AUGUCCAUCAGUAAGGACGAAAUCAGGCGCUUGCUUAUCAAAUUGUCUAAGAAAUCUCUCCAGAAUUUUGCCAGGGUUGAAUUGAAGUCUAAAUCAUCUGAACUUUCGUUCAAUAUUAUUAUGAGGAUUGUUUGUAGUAAACGAUAUUUUGGCCUAGAUGAAGAUGAAGAGCACCAUGAAGCAAAGCUGUUUAGGGACCUGAUCGAAGAGGCAUUCAAAUAUGCUGGUGCAUCAAACCCGGGAGAUUUUUUGCCGUUGUUAAUGCUGAUAGAUUACCAAAACUAUGGAUUAAUCGAAGAACAUCGUGGUCAUAACAAAGAUAGUAACACGAUGAUUGAUCAUAUGCUUUCUUUGCAACAAUCCCAGCCAGAGUACUACACUAACGAAAUUAUCAAGGGUAUCACAAUGGCCCUGCUUAACGCUGGGACAGGCACUUCAGCAUUGACAAUGGAAUGGGCCUUGUCCCGUUUUCUCAAUAAUCCUGAAGUAUUGGAGAAAGCUAGAGCUGAACUGGAAACUCAAGUAGGAACUGAUCGAAUAAUCGAAGAACAUGGCUUAGCCAAUCUCUUUUAUCUUCACAACAUCAUCUUAGAAACUUUUUGA